AUGAUGAACAACAACAACAACAACAACACCAAGCAAUCACCAUUCCAUGGACCUGGAACUCCAACCAAACUCACACAACAACCAACAACAACAACAACAUCCUCUCCUUCCCAUACACCGCACUACCCUUCAAAUGUUUCUUCUCCGCAACAUUAUCACAUGCUAGUACCACAUUCUCCAUCAGGAACAGCCACAUCAUCAUCACUACAUUCUCAAAUGCACUUGAAUGUUGGAAUGCCCUUGACUCAUCUUCCAACAACAACAACAACCAGUAUGGGAGGAAUCAUGCAUCAUCAUCAUCAUCAGCCUCCUCCUUCUACUGGAAUGAUGAUGAUGCAACAACCUCAUCAUCAUCCACAGUUUAAUGUACUAGGAUCUUCUUCUUUGGAGGAACAUUUCCAUCAUCCAUCAACAUCGCAACAUAAUUGGUUGAGUAAUAAUUACUCAUCAUCAUCAUCGCCCUUUGUUGGAGGAGGAAUGGUAGGAAUGAAUACAACAAGCAAUGUAAAUUCCUAUCGAAUGGUACAAUCACCUACAAUCACCACCACUACACCCAACUCGACUGUUGUUGGUCAUCAUCAUAGUAAUGCCAAUACCAACACUUCUUUAAUGAUGAUCCAACAUGGAGGAUCAAGAACUCCUCAACAACAACAACAACAACAACAAUCACAGCAAUCCAUGAUCAUGCCCAACCAACAACAACAAGUCCAUCAUCCAACCAACAACCAAAAUACAAUGAUGACCAUGAUGUCCACUCCUCAACAACAACAACAACAACAAACAUCCACUCCAAUCAGCAAUAACACAAUGUUCACAGGAAGCAGCAGUGGUUUAAUUGUUAAUUGUAAUCGACCUGGAUCUCCACAUUCUCAAGAAUCUUCUGAUUCAAAUAAUUCCACUUCUGGAUUGCCCACGAUCAAUACUUCUCUCAAGCGUGCAAACACAAAGAGUAGCAACAUCAGUAACAAUCAGAGUUCAGGAGGUCCUCCCACCAUUAACACUUCUAACUUGAAACGUGCCAAUCAAAGCCGUUCUGCAGUAACACCCAAUCGUCAUCAGCAAAUCUCUCAGUUCCCUCAAAACAUGAAUCAAAAGAGAAGGAAUGAUCAUUCUUUGAAUGGAGGUAGUGGUGGAACAGGUGGUGGUGGACAUGGAACUGUUCGUGCAAAUAGUGUCAGUUCUCCCACUCAAGCAAACGCAAAUUCAAAUUUGAAUGAUGUUGUGAAGAGAACUCUUCAUCUUCGAUCACAGUAUUUGUCAUAUUGUGAUCAGUAUGGAGUUAAACCAAGUCAAGAAAUUGUUCGUUUACUCAAAGUUGCAAUUCGUAAUCAGGAACCUCUCAUGAAAUUGUCCAUUUGUCAUGCUCAGGCGGACGAUGAACAUGUCAAAGCACUUGUCAAUGCAUUGAUUUCAUUCCAAGAUAGAACUAAUAGAUCGAGAAAAAGUGUUAAUUCUAACACUACGAGCAGCAGUAACAAUUCCAUUACACUCUACGAUGUGAAUGAAAUUCUUUUGAAUCACAACAAAAUCACAGAUAUUGGAGCGAAUAUGAUCAUUCAAGAAUUACUUCUACCUCAAUCUCCUUAUCACAAACAAAUUGUGAGCAUUGAAUUAUUUGGCAAUGAAUUGACUGAUUUUUGCUGUCAAUUGGUGGCAGAAAUGCUUCGUACUAAUAAGGUGUUAAAAAGACUCAAAUUAGGAGAUAACAAGAUUGGUCCUGAAGGAGCUCGAAUUAUUGGUGAAGGCGUGAAACAUAAUCAAACUCUCACACAAUUGCAUUUGGGAGGUAACAAUGUUGAAGUGGUUGGAAUCAAGUCUAUUGCUAAUGCUCUCAUCAACAACACUUCAUUGACUUCUCUUGGAUUGAGAGAUAACGGAAUUGGAAGUGACGGAAUGAAAGCAUUGGCUGAAACUCUCAAAUCCAAUACUCAACUUUCUGAUAUUCAAUUGAAAGGAAAUAAUAUUAAGGCCACAGGUGCUUCCUUCCUUGCCUCUGCUUUGAUGACCAAUCAAUCUCUCAAAGUGUUAGAACUUCAAUCCAAUGCUAUUGGUCCAGUUGGUGUGAAAAGUCUUUGUCAAGCUCUUAAAGACAAUCACAGUGUUCAUGCUCUCAAUUUUAAUGAUAACGAACUCGGAGAUGAAGGAGCUCUUCAUGUUGCUAACCUUCUUAAAGUGAAUCCUUCCAUCACCACACUCGGAUUAGCCAGUAAUAGAAUUAGAAAGAAGGGAGCUGUUGCCCUCGCUGAAGCAUUGCGUUGUGAACAAACUGCUGUGACUGGACUGGACUUGGGAUCCAAUGAAAUUGGAAAUGGAGGAGCUGUAGCUCUUGCAGGCGCUCUUGCUGUCAAUAAGGUAUUGACAUCAUUAGAUUUAAGAAGUUGCGAAAUUCACUUAAAAGGAAUUUUGGCGCUUUCAACAAUGUGUGAAACUAACACCACGCUAAGACAUCUAGAUCUUGGAGCCAACUAUGCUAAAAAUCAAGGUGCAGUUAGUUGGGCUCAAGUUCUGUCUAAAAACAAAUCACUGACCAGAUUAUGUCUAACAGACAAUCAAAUUUACCACGAAGGUGGUGAAGCAUUAGCCAUUGGCUUGCAAAGUAAUUACACAUUACGUAAUUUUUCAUAUGGUGGUCAAGGUCCACAACAAAACAAAAUUGAUAGCUCUAUUAGGCGCAUCAUUGAUAGCAUUGUAUCAGAAAAUAAGAAAUAUUGGGAACAAAAUCAACAAUCAUCCGAAGUGACCUAUGUUUCUAACAAUCAGAUGAGAACUGUGGAUAUUACCAAGAUGAGAUUACAACAACAAAUGUAUUACAAUAGAAUGGUAGAUGAAAAUGGAGAAGACUAUAACAAUGAUCAACAUGACGAUUUUUCAGGUAGUGACGAAAACAAUCUCUCAGAUACUUUAAUGUCUCCAAGUGAGUUCCAGAAUACCAUCUUGUCUCCACUCUUUCCACAGUCACCAGCUGCUGAAGGUAAAAAUUAUAAUUCCAUGCCAAAUUGGCUUCUCUCCUCCGUUCACAUUCCAAGAUCAAAUAUUGAUCCUGAAGAAAUUGAUUCCAAAUUGGAAUUUAUUUUCAAGAACAAACUCUUGAAAGCAGAAAACCCCAAGUUCAAAGGAUGCUAUUUUAUUGGAAACAUUGUAAAUACUUUGAAAAAGGUAUACCCAGAAACUAGAAUUGAUGAAGGACAGUUGGUGCAAUUUGCCAUGAACAAUCCAAAAUAUCAGGUUCACCUUUCACGUGAAAUGGUUAAAACUCAGAUGAAAUAUAUUGGUGACAGUACUGCAGAGCAAGUUCCAAAAACUGGAAAUAUUUCAGCAGCAACCUCUUCCUCAUCAUCAUCUAAUAAUGGUGACACACCAUCAUUGCUUCCAAUUCAAAAGAAGGGAACAAAAUCAGUCCGUACCAAAGGUAGUGAAUUAUCCUCUCCAAGCAAUGACCAACACAAAAAGUCAGUACGAAUUGACACAAAGAUUGGCAUUGUUGAGACAUCAUCAGAUCUGAUUGAUAUUUCUACAUCUACUGGUCCAACUUCUCCUUCCGAUCGAACCUUGUCACCAACGUUGAAUAUUAGCACAAGCUUCCAUGCACCUCUCAAUAAGAGAGCUCUCACAGAUCCUGGAUUUGGAAUGGUGAAACAAGACAAUUCUGGUUUGUUAUUGGGCACUCAACCAUCCUUAAUGGAAUCUGGUGGAUUAUUUACAUCAUUCUAUUCUCCUCUUCAACCAUCCUCUUUCUUCACAUCAUCUGGUACCAGCACCACCAAUAACACCAAUCGAACCUUGUCACCAUUCAUUGAUAGUACUUCUUUUGGAAUGGGAUCUUUUGCAGGACAUGGUACAGGAAUGGGAUUUUCAACAGUCCAUUCAUCCUACUCUAUGUUUUCAUCUCCUUCAACUCAUUUGCAACAACAACAACAUUCACACCAACCACCAUCUCAUUCGGGUGGAAGUAGUCAUUUAAAUUGUCAAUUUUUUCGGAAAUACUGGUAG